AUGGCAACCUCGAAGCUGGUGCUGUCGCUGCUGGUUGCAGCUCUCCUGCUGCAUGUGGCCACCAUGCUGAAGAUCGGCGCCUUCAACAUCAAGACGUUUGGGGACAGCAAGAUGUCCAACCAAACUAUUGCAGAUAUCAUCGUCUCUAUCCUGUCGGAAUACGACAUCAUCUUGGUGCAGGAGGUCCGGGACUCCGACCUGAGCGCUGUGACAAAGCUCAUGGACCAGCUCAACAGAGCGUCCCCGCACCCAUACAGCUUUUUGGACAGCAUCCCCCUGGGUCGGAGCACCUAUAAGGAGCAAUACCUCUUCAUCUACAGGACGGGAAUGGCCUACGCACUGGAAAGCUACUACUACGAUGAUGGGUCCGAGUCCUCCGGGAACGAUACCUUCAGCAGGGAGCCCUUCAUUGUCAAGUUCUCCUCGCCCACCACGCAGGUGAAGGAGUUCGCGAUGGUGCCCCUGCACGCCGAGCCCAGCAGCGCGGCGGAAGAGAUCGACGCGCUCUACGACGUCUACACCGACGUCAUCAACAAGAUGGCGACUAAC